CCUGUGAGUCUACCUGUCUCACUGUUUACCCGUCUGUGAGUCUACCUGUCUCACUGUUUACCUGUCUGUAAGUCUACCUGUCUCACUGUUUACCUGUCUGUAAGUCUACCUGUCUCACUGUUUACCUGUCUGUAAGUCUACCUAUCUCACUGUUUACCUAUCUGUAAGUCUACCUGUCUCACUGUUUACCUGUCUGUAAGUCUACCUGUCUCACUGUUUACCUGUCUGUGAGUCUACCUGUCUCACUGUUUACCCAUUUGCCUGUCUUUCUGCCUGUCUAUCUAUCUGCCUGUCUGUCUGCCUGUCUGUCUCUCCAGUCUCUCUCUGCGAUGGAGGAGUUGGUGAAACAUCUGUCCAGAUGUCAACACAUGGGAUGGAUGAAAGUGAUUGAGCUGAGGAGCACCUCCAUCCAUUGGCUGUCCUGUGGUCGGAGGGCGGAGCCUGGUGUCUGGACUCAGAUGUUCUGCAUCCUGUCUGAAGCCCAGUUACUGAUGCUCAACAACCUGGAGGUUCAUCCUCUGCUUCUGGCCGAGAGGGCGGCGACCUGCGCCGUCUGGUUGCUAAGAUACAGCCUCCAUGUGACCUCAUCACUUCCUGGCCCCGCCCACAAAGGUAAGGAGGUCAAGAAGGGAUUUACAGCUGCAGAAGAAG